GUGCAUGUUUAAAAUAAUUAAAUAAAUAUGAGGAUGCUAUCAUUUGGUUAGAUAAAUUAUUAGCUAUAGAUUCCAACCAUGUUAAUUCUUUAUGCGAAAAAGGCAAAUUAAAUCAUUAUUUAAUUAUUAGGUGUAUGCCUAAGAUUAUUACAUAAAUAUGAAGAUGCAAUAACUUAUUUGGAUAAAGCAUUAUCAUUUGAUCCAAAACAUUUAUUUUCAUUAAGUGAGAAAAGUAAAUCUAUUAAUUUAAAAAGGUGAAUGUUUAAAAGAAUUAAACAAAUAUGAGGAUGCUAUUAUUUGGUUGGACAAAGCUAUUGCUAUUGAUCCUAAAGAUUUUCUUACCUUAAGUUUAAAAGGUAAAUUAAAUUAUUCUAAAAUAAUAGGAGAUUGUUUAAGAUCAUUAAAAAAAUAUAAAGAGUCUAUAUAUUAUCUCGAUUUGGCACUCUCUAUCAACCCUUAAAACUCUUUUUCUCUAUCAUGCAAAGGUAUCUUAUUAAUUAUUAUUAUAAGGAAAUUGUUUAUAAGAUCAAUAACAAUAUUAAUAAGCUUUAAUAUAUUAUGAAAAGUCAUUGAAAAUAAAUCCAGAUCAUCAAUGGACAAAAAACUAAAAGGGUAUUUUAAUUUUUUUAUUUAAGUUUAUUGCGAAAAGAAAUUGAUACUUUGA